AUGACUUCCAGCAUAACCCUCAAAGGCGUUUAUGUGGGCAACAAGCCUGUCAUUGUGAAGAGGUAUCUAUAUCGCCAAUACAAGCAGAUAACAGAUGGUACCCAAUGCUGGAGGGACAACUACCUUCUUGAGCGAUGGGCGGAUUCUCAACAGCCCGUGGUGUACUAUGGACAGCAUGUGAACGGAUACAGGCUAUUGAAGAGGCUGGGCGAUUGGUGUUGGCUGGCCAGAAAUACCAACAAUAACGAGUUGUUGACCGUCAAGUUCAUGGGGCGGAGCGAAUCUCAGCAAGUCAAACGCGAAUUAGCCAUCAACCGAUUUCUACGUUCGCGAUGCCCCCAAAGUCCCCACCUAUGCAUCAUCAAAGACAGCUUUGUCAUAAAGCACCACCUGGCAAAAUUGCACCCCUCAUACAGGAAAGUCAGCUUUGACGCCAUCGCCUACCCGCCGAUGGGGACAGAUCUUCAAGUGAUAGAUACUUCAUCGGCCCGCAGCACCUCACUACUCCCUCUAAGCGUUGAAAGGCGAGUGCAAUGCAUCAAGGACAUUGUUCGAGGGGUGGCCGAACUACACAGCCUGGGUAUCGUGCAUGCAGGGAAUGUUGCACUACCACCGCCUCCAGUUGCAGACAUGGAGGCCCUCCUUGAAGAGCCACAUGUAGAACACUGGUUGGAACGUGAGGAUGGAGCUCCAACACCUGGCUGCCUCCCCAAAUCCGUCAUCAAGCCAGUGGACUUGGGCUUCGGCGACGGGACAUGCAGAGUCUUGGAUUUCGGAUACUCUUUCCGGCACAGAGAAGGUGCCGUGUACAAGGCAGACAGCUUCUCAUAUGGCGCGGAAAAAGCUAUCGAGUUUGAGACGAGCGAAACGACAGACCAGCCCUUCAAGGUGGACAGUUGGUACAUGGGGCAAUUAAUCUAUUUCAUCUUGACCAAUGGAUGCGACUUUCUGGACAGGCGUCCCUCAAAUCUCAUGUCACACUGGGUAGACCGUAUGGCUGUACUGGAGAAUGGGGUGGACGAAAUUUUUAAUGAGGAGUUGCCAUCACGCAGACAUCAGCGCCAUUUCCAGCCCAUAAUUCAACAGCUUAUGCACGGCGACCCUAACCGCCGUCUUUCUGUUCAAGAUGCCGUGGCUAGAAUCGAGUCGUUUUGA